CCUCGCGUCGCCGCGGUCUUCGAGCUCAGUGUCCCGCCGCAGCCGCCGCUCGGAGCUCGGGCAGCGCGGAGCCAGGGGCCGGGCGAACGGGUCGGGCGUCGGAGCGGCCAAGGAGAGGGGCCGCAGCAGCCGACCGGGCCAGCGGGGCCGGGACCCGAGCGGACGAGGCUCUUGCAAACUUGUGCGCGCGUCGGAGCGAUGAAGAUGGUCGCGCCCUGGACGCGGUUCUACUCCCACAGCUGCUGCCUGUGCUGCCAUGUCCGCACCGGCACCAUCCUGCUGGGCGUCUGGUACCUGAUCAUCAAUGCUGUGGUCCUGCUGAUUCUCCUGAGCGCCCUGGCAGAUCCCGAUCAGUAUCACUUUUCAAGCUCUGAACUUGGAGGGGAAUUUGAGUUCAUGGAUGAUGCCAAUAUGUGCAUUGCUAUCGCAAUCUCUCUCCUCAUGAUCCUGAUAUGUGCAAUGGCUACUUACGGAGCAUACAAGCAACAUGCUGCGUGGAUCAUCCCAUUCUUCUGUUACCAGAUCUUUGAUUUUGCCCUGAAUACCUUGGUUGCGAUCACCGUGCUUGUCUAUCCAAACUCCAUUCAGGAGUACAUACGACAGCUGCCUCCCAGUUUCCCCUACAGAGAUGACAUAAUGUCCGUGAAUCCUACGUGUUUGGUCCUUAUUAUUCUUCUGUUUAUCAGCAUUAUUUUGACAUUUAAGGGUUACUUGAUAAGCUGUGUUUGGAGCUGCUACCGAUACAUCAAUGGCAGGAACUCCUCUGAUGUCCUGGUGUAUGUUACCAGCAAUGACACCACGGUGCUUCUGCCUCCGUACGAUGAUGCCACUGCUGUGACUGGCACUGCCAAGGAGCCACCGCCACCUUACGUGUCUGCCUGAACCAGAUGGAGGAUCGAGGACAGCAGAUUGAGUCGGGAGCUGCCUGGACGAUCCUGCUGUGAUGUCACUUCCAAGAGGAGCUCUUUGAGCCUGUGUGUUGUUCCCACGUUUUACAAGUAGAUGUUAAGUUGAAGACUCUGUUUGAAACAUACGCUGUAGCUAGAGCACCAGAAUAGCUGUAGAUUUUGGUGGGGCUGGGGUGUAAUGAGCUCCGUUAGUCUUUCCCAGAACUGUAGAUGGCUUUCCCAGAGGCUGGUUUGUAGCUGCCUGGCCCCACAGCUGGGCACUCAGUCACACUGUUUCUCUCCAUUCCUUCUGACUCUCUUGAAAGUAUAAAGUGAAUUAGAUAAUACUUAAACCAUUCCAGUUAUAGAACAAACCCUAAUACAAAUAUUAAUUACUCUAAUACAUAUGCGAUAUAAGAAUUUCCCUGCUGUCCCAGAAUUCAGUGAUAUUCUGAGUUUGCUGGUCAAGGAUUUACUUUGUGCUAAAUAAAGACUGGGGAGUAAUGCCAGUGAGAGCAGGAACCUGCUGCCCAGGGGUCUGUUGUCCUGGGCUGGCUUGCUUGGCACUGAAGCACCCACUUUGCCCCAGCAAAUCUCUUGCUGUAUCAAGUAGAACUGCCCAUGUGUGUUUGUCUAGAAGUAUAGAAAAGGGUUUCACCCUCUCUCCUUGCAAGAUGCAUCCUGCUUUGGGUAUUUUGAGUAUGUCUAAUCAUCUAUUAAAAUGUCAAGUGGUCUUCAGAAAGAUGAGGAAGAUCAUUCCCAUGUGGAAUGCUGUAAACUGAAUUGGAAACGAUGUUUAUGUCUCUGAAAGCGAGCGACUCUCCUGUGUGUUUCAAUGCUGAAUGUGCUGUACAUGAAGGUUUGGCAAUUAAAGUUUGUCUGCAUCCAAGCAAACGA